AUGUCCAAGGUUGCUGCCAGGAGGGCGAAGCUCGCCGAGCUUAAGGCAGCCAAAGCCUCGGGCAGGAAGAUCUUCGACUCAUACGAGGUCGAACAAGAAGCAGACCUCUACGAGGAGGUCGACGAGAAUCAAUACAAGAAGAUUGUCAGAGACCGUCUCAACCAAGACGAUUUCGUCGUCGAUGACAAUGGCGAAGGAUAUGCCGACGACGGACGCGAGGACUGGGACCGCGUCCAGCACUAUGACAGCGACAGCGAAGACGACAGGGUGAUUAGAGGUCCCAAUGGCAAAGCUGACAAGCGGAAGCGCGAGGAAGACAAGGCCAAGAGAGACGCCAACGACCGAGAUAUCAGCGAGUACUUCACCAAGGGUCGCACUGCACCUCAAUCUAAACCCAAGGCUGUCAAAACAGAAGCAGAUGACCAAUUCUUGGCUGACCUGCUCGGCCAAGUCGACGCCAACAUCCCCGCCCCGGUGUCUCGGGCCCCAAAGAAGAUCACUCCAGAAAGGAGGAAAGCCCGUGCUCUAUCCCCUGCCAGACAACCGGCAGCAAAGAAGGCCAGAGUUGCUGGCGCUCGAUCCCCUUCGCCUGAUAUUUAUGAAGACGAGGGCUUUGUCGCGUCAAUGGACGACGACCUGCCACCACCACAUACAGCAGCAGAAGUCCCCAUGAGCGACGCCGAGCCCGCACCCUCAUCGCCAACCGUAAAAGCUGCCGAACGGAAGAUUGCUCAAGUUAAGAUCGAGCCUGCCGACGACGAAGACGAAGACAUGAUGGAGGUCGCCCAUGCUGCUACUAUCAACACUGCCAGUGUCAAUCUGUCUGCAGCUCGGCCUAUUAGGAAGCUUGUCAAGCCGGAUCCUUAUCCUUCUCCUGCCAGCUCAUCCCCAGUCAAGCCGGCCGACACUACGGUUGAUUCGUCGUCCUGGAACGAUCUCAACAACAAACUGAAUGUCGUCAGUAGCUCACAAACUGAGUCUCGAGGAAUUGGAAAGAUCGACUACAAAGACGCCAUCGAAGAGGACGGCAGCCUAAAUUUUUUCUGGACUGACUACUCCGAAGUCAAUGGCAGCUUGUGCUUGUUUGGCAAGGUCCUCAACAAGAAGACAAACUCACAUGUCAGUUGCUUCGUCAAAGUCGACAAUGUCUUACGGAAGCUAUACUUCUUGCCUCGCGAAUGCCGUCAGAGGAACGGUGUCGAUACUGAUGAAACAGUUGGUAUGAUGGACGUCUACACCGAGGUGGACGAAAUCAUGAACAGGAUGAAGGUCAAGAUGCACAAGAUCAAGGCUUGCACGCGGAAAUACGCCUUCGAAUUGCCCAACAUUCCCCGUGAGGGGCAAUAUCUCAAACUCCUCUACCCUUACAACAGUCCUCAGAUCACCCCAGAGACUGUCGGCGAAACAUUCUCUCAUGUCUUUGGUAGCAACACCGCUCUCUUCGAGCAGUUCGUCUUAUGGAAGAACAUCAAGGGCCCCGGUUGGCUCAAGAUUAAGGACGCUGAUUUCGGAGCUCUCAAGAACGCCUCUCAUGCCAAGCUUGAGGUUCUUGUCGAUCACCCCAACAUGGUCUCUUCCAUGGCCGAGUCCGACAAUCUCGAUGCUCCUCCUCUGACCUUGAUGAGUGUUGCCAUGCGUACGACAUUCAACGCCAAGUUGAAUAAGCAGGAGAUCCUCUCCAUCAGCGCUCGCGUUUACGAGAAUGUCUCUCUAAGCGAAACCACGCCAGCGGAGAAGCUCCCAUGCAGGACGUUCACCUUGGUCCGACCAAAUGGUGCAGCUUUUCCCAUGGGCUUUGAGAAACUGGUACAAGGACGAAAGAAUAAGGGCCUCAUCAAGCUUAUGAAGCAAGAGUCAGAGAUCCUGUCUUUCUUCCUGGCCCAAGUUGAUGUCGCUGAUCCUGAUGUCAUAAUGGGACAUCAGCUCGAAGGUGUCGAUUACAGCAUCCUUCUGAACCGUCUUCAUGAGAAGAAGACCCCUCAGUGGUCUCGUUUAGGCCGUCUCCGAAAGAGCACUUGGCCGGCGUCUAUGGGCAAAGUUGGGGGUAACGUCUUUGCGGAACGUCAAGUCAUGGCUGGUCGCCUGCUUUGUGAUUUGGCAAACGAUGCUGGAAAAUCCGUCAUGCUCAAGUGUCAAUCUUGGAGUUUGACCGAGAUGGUUAGCCUCUAUCUUGGUGGCGAGAAGCGUAGAGACGUCGAUAAUGAUGUGGCUCUAAAAACAUGGGCCACUACGGCAAAUGGUUUUAUGGAUUAUAUCACUCACAUCGAGGCGGAUACGCACUAUAUCGCUGCGCUUGCCUUGAGUACUCAGAUGCUACCUCUGACCAAGGUCCUGACCAACCUCGCUGGUAAUUCCUGGGCACGAACGCUGACUGGUACUCGUGCUGAGCGAAAUGAGUACAUUUUGCUUCAUGAAUUCCACCGCAACAAGUAUAUUUGCCCUGACAAGCAAGUCUUCAAGGGCAGGCCGAAGCCCGAAGAUGAGAACGCCGAAGAGGCAGCAGACACCAAGAAGAAGGACAAAUACAAGGGAGGUUUGGUCUUCGAGCCAGAGAAAGGACUGUAUGACAAGUUCGUACUUGUCAUGGACUUCAACUCUUUGUACCCUUCUAUUAUUCAAGAGUAUAACAUUUGUUUUACGACGGUUGACCGAGUGGGUCUGUCUGAGGAAGAAGAUGCUGUUCCCGAAGUUCCCACAGUGCAAGAACAGGGUAUUCUUCCCAAACUCAUCGCUACACUCGUCAGUCGCCGAAAAGCGGUCAAGUCCAACAUGAAGGACAAGAAUGCCACCCCAGAGCAAUUAGCAACAUGGGAUAUCAAGCAGCUUGCGCUCAAGCUCACAGCCAACUCCAUGUAUGGUUGUCUGGGUUAUACCAAGUCACGCUUUUACGCCCGGCCUCUUGCUGUUCUCACCACCUUCAAGGGUCGUGAGAUUCUGCGAAGCACCAAGGAUUUGGCCGAGUCCAAUUCUCUCCAGGUCAUUUACGGCGAUACUGAUUCAGUUAUGAUCAACGCGAAUGUGGACUCUGUUGCAGAUGCGCUCAAGGUUGGACGAGAGUUCAAGAAGGCUGUCAAUGAACGAUACCGCCUUCUGGAGAUUGAUAUUGACAAUGUCUUCCGGCGGAUUUUAUUACAGGCCAAGAAGAAGUACGCUGCCAUUAACCUCGUUGAGGUUCCGGGUGGUAGGUGGGAGGAGAAGAUGGAAGUCAAGGGUCUGGAUAUGAAGCGCAGAGAAUAUUGUGCCCUCUCCAAGGAGAUUUCAUCACGCAUUCUUAACGAUAUUCUUUCAGGAGACGACACCGAAGUAUCGAUACAGCGCAUUCAUGAGUAUCUUCGUGAGAUCUCAGCAAAGAUGCGCGAGGGUGCCGUUCCCGUCCAAAAGUACAUCAUCUUCACACAACUCGGAAAAGGUCCAAAGGAAUAUCCCAAUGCCGACUCAAUGCCACAAGUACAGGUUGCCCUCCGGGACAUCGCACGUGGCAAGAAUGUAAGAAAGGGAGAUGUUAUAUCCUACGUCAUCACUGGUGAUAGCGGCUCUUCGGAUUCCGUCGCCAAGCGUGCGUAUAUACCACAGGACGUGAUGAAGGCAGACAUGGGUUUGAAGGUUGAUGUAGAGUGGUACAUUGGCAAGCAGAUUUUCCCUCCCGUCGAACGUCUUUGUGCCAACAUCACCGGUACAUCAACUGCACAGCUCGCUGAGCAGCUCGGUCUGGAUAUCCGUCGUUAUGCUAGCAACAACUCAUCGCAUAACGGUAGUGGAUCUCAAGACCUCGAAAUCCACCCCCUUGAGUCCCAGAUUCCCGACUCUAUCCGAUUCAGCGACUGCACGAGAUUGCAGCUCCGCUGCAGGAAGUGUAAGACUUCAAACGUGUUUGAGGGUCUCCUUGGGUCAUUGAAGUCCAUCACUCCGACUGGCGUCACAUGCAAGACCUGCUCUGCAUCCAUUUCUAAUCUCAGCAUCGUUGCUCAGGUUGAGACAGCGAUUCGUAAGCAGACUGCCAAGUACUACGAAGGCUGGUUGGUAUGUGAUGACCCACAAUGUGGCAACCGAACACGACAGAUGUCCGUCAAGGGUGAUCGCUGUUUAGGUCCCAACGGCCUAGGCAAAGGCUGUCUUGGCAAGAUGAGGUACGAGUUUGGCGAGCGCGAUGUGUACAACCAGCUCUGCUACUUCGCCAGCUUAUGGGACGUAGAGAAGACCAAGACCAAGGUCAGCAGUGGCGAAUCGGAUAUUGGUGACGAGAAGUUGACCGCUGCCGAGAAGGAAGAGGCCAUGGCUCUGGCGUUGCACAAUAUGGCGCGUUUUGGAACUGUCCAGGCUGUUGUUGAAAAGUAUCUGGAUAAGUGUGGGCGCAGAUGGGUAGCCAUGGAUACUUUGUUUGGCAAGUUGGGUUUUAUUGCUUCAUGA